AUGAAGCGUUUAAUAUUCUGUUACAUCUUUUGUGCAUUGACUGUGCUGGAAACAUGUGCGGAUUUGGAUAUAUGCCUGACGGACGGGAGCUGCCUGCGCGGCACUUUGAUGCCUGGAUACCAGAAAGGAGAAUUCGAGGCAUUCAUGGGCAUACCGUAUGCUCAGCCGCCAAUAGGGGACUUACGAUUCAGGAAUCCCGUUCCGGCUACCGCAUGGAAGCAAACAUUGGACGCGAGUUCGCCUAAGGAUCCAUGCAUACAAAAGAACUUUUUUUUGAAGGACUGGCCUGUGUAUGGAUCAGAGGAUUGUCUUUAUUUAAAUGUCUAUAGGCCGUUGCGUCGUAGUGCAGAACCUUUGCCUGUAAUGGUAUAUUUUCACGCGGGAGGAUUUUUUUGUGGAUCUGCAAGUAUAGGUUACGCUGGUCCAGAAUAUCUCAUGGAUACGGAACAGGUUAUUAUGGUUAGCAUGAGCUAUCGUUUAGGUCCUUUUGGUUUUUUAAGCACUGGCAAUGAGCAUAUGCCCGGCAAUUUCGGGCUUAAGGAUCAACGUCUGGCAUUACAAUGGGUGCAAAAACAUAUUGGCUCCUUUGGUGGAGAUCCCCAGCUGGUGACCAUCUUCGGUCAUAGCGCAGGCGGAGCUUCUACGCACUUUCACAUGCUCAGUGAAGGAUCAAAAGGUCUUUUCCAACGGGCUAUGACGCUGAGUGGCGCUUUGGCUCCUUGGGCCAAAUUUGAAGAGAAUCCCUUGGCGCAGGUACAAAAACUGGCCGUUGAAGUGGGCAUUAAAGAUGCCAUGGCACUAGAUUGUAAGACGCUGACUGAAGCUUUACGUAAAGUUGAUGCUAAGGAUAUAACGGAAGGCAGCACUUUGUUUAAACAGUGGAAUAUGUUGCCCCUAGUGAAUUUUCUUCCAACUGUGGAGGAUCCAUCUACUCCAGACGGGUUUUUCUAUGAAGAUCCUUGGCAAAUCCAGUUGUCUGGGCGUGCGCAUCAAGUGCCAUGGGUGCUGGGUGCAGACUCGCGAGCUGGCGAGGGUCUUAUAAUGUUGCUGCCCAUUUUAAAUGAUCCAGUUGUGCUGGCCGAGUUCAAUGAAAACUUCCUAGAGAGGUUUCCUCUGGCAAUGCCUCUGCCGGCCGGCACCUCAGCCCAAGAAAUCAAGGAUCUGCUGCACCUGUAUGGGAUCAGCGAAUACAAACUCAACAAUGAGACCUUACCCACAUUGCUGGAGAUUGUGGGAGACUUUGACUUUCAAUAUCCGGUCUAUGUGUCGGCAAAAGCGAGCAAGUUGGACAAGCAUUCUGUGUCAAUCUAUAGUUUUGAAUACCGAGGCCAGCGAACCAUGGCCUCAUUGUUCGUACCAAACGGGAUUGACUUCGGUCUGGGCUCAUCCCAUCUGGACGACGCUAUGUUCACGCUAAGGCUUUCGGCUUUAAUGUCGGACUUUCCAAAGGACUCUGAGGAGGCAAUGGUCAUAAAGCGAUUCACGAGCAUACUUGUUGACUUUGCCAAAACCGGGGUAUUUUACAAUCAAAGCUCGUUGCCCGCAUGCAGUGCACAGGAAUUUACAGAUGAAGAAAUUUGCAGUUUCUUGAAGAUUGAAAAGAGGGACGGGGCCUACAAUGAGGCCAUCGAGCGGCGGGUUGACAUGCGCGCUCUUCCCAUCUGGAAGAAGAUGUAUCUUGAGUGAUCCAGUUACAGCAUAUCGAGUGCGACCCACUUUCCAAUUCUUAUACUAUACUAUACUAUACUAUACUAUACUAUACAUCACCACUUAUCAGAGAAGCAAUGUGAAGGUCAGCAACAAUGUAUUAUACUUGUAUUUAAUAACAGAAUGCAAUUGUG